CUUACUGAGUAGUAUUUCAGAGAUUACGACGCCGUUUAGUGCGUAAAAUCCCAGUAUGUACAGCGAAUAGGAGCGUAAACUGUGAAGGAAGAAGUGGUGGUGUAGUGGUGUGGAUUAUCCGUAUUCAAUUUUCAUGGCGUUGUGCCAGUCUUCUUCUUCUUCUUCUUCUUCUUCUUCUUGUUUACAGCUUUGUUUCCAUUCCAUUCGGAGACUAUUUUCCAGUUCUAGAAGCUUCUCAACCUCUCCAAGGAUCUUUUACUCCUUUCUCAACAAACCCCCUCUCCUUCUUCACCCUGCGCUUUCCCUUUCCAGAAAGUUUCAGGGCUAUUAUGUUGAAUCAAACGGUUUGAAUUCAGUUUUACCAGGAGUUGUUUAUGGGGAGAGAAAUGCAACAAGUUAUGCUAAAGCUACAUUUUUGCACCAUGAUGCACUACUUUCUUCUGAAGAAAGAGCAGUGAAUGAUAACCCUUCUGAUGGUAGAUUAAUGCUCAUUGAUGGCACCUCUAUCAUUUAUAGAGCCUACUACAAGCUUUUAGCAAAGUUGCACCAUGGGUACCUAUCACAUGCUGAUGGAAAUGGAGACUGGGUGCUGACUGUAUUUACGGCGUUAUCUCUUAUAAUUGAUGUUCUGGAAUUUGUUCCUUCCCAUGUGGCGGUUGUGUUUGACCAUGAUGGAUUUCCAUUUGGUCAAACUUAUAAUUCAUCCAAAGAAAGUUUUAUGGCAAAAGGCAGGAAUUUUCGUCAUACUCUCUAUCCUUCGUACAAAAGCAAUAGACCACCAACUCCUGAUACUGUAGUUCAGGGACUUCAAUACUUAAAAGCAUCCAUCAAGGCUAUGUCGAUUAAGGUUAUUGAGGUUCCUGGUGUGGAAGCUGAUGAUGUGAUUGGAACUUUGGCUGUUAAAAGUGUAGAUGCUGGGUACAAGGUACGAGUUGUCUCACCCGACAAAGACUUUUUCCAGAUCUUGUCUCCGUCAUUACGCCUUCUACGCAUUGCUCCACGUGGUGGUGAAAUGGUCUCAUUCGGAAUGGAGGAUUUUGCUAAGAGAUAUGGAUCCUUACAACCUUCUCAGUUUGUUGAUGUUCUGGCACUUGUUGGCGACAGAUCUGACAAUAUACCAGGAGUUGAAGGAAUCGGAGAAGUUAAUGCGGUGCAGCUGUUAACCGUAUUUGGCUCGUUGGAGAACUUACUGCAACAAGUUGAUGAGAUCAAGGAGGAACGUAUAAAAACGGCCUUGAAAACAAGUGCUGAUCAAGCUCUCUUAAGCAAGAACUUGGUGCUUUUGCGGUGUGAUCUGCCAUCCUACAUGGUACCUUUCGCCACCAAAGAUCUCGUAUUCAAGCAACCAGAGGACAAUGGUGAGAAGUUCAGUAGCCUCUUAACUGCGAUGGGGGCCUAUGCAGAAGGAUUUUCCGUUGAUCCCGUGAUCAGGAGAGCAUUUUACUUGUGGAAGAAGCUUCAAAGAAGCUGAUUGGUUAAGCUGUAGGUGGCAAGCAUGUUAGCAACAGGGGUGUUCCGUGUACAGUAACUCAGGGUGUUCCGGAUCACUUGAAUGAGCUUACAUAUGUAGUAAUGGCGGCGAGCAAUUUUUGUUUUUGUGUUUUGAUCUCUUCUGAGAUUUGUCAUUUUAUGACCAUCAAUGAUGUGAAAUGUAUAUAUACUAUCUUCUAAUUCAAAGGGAAGAAAGAGAUUAAUCUUUUAAUUGCU